AGCAAAAACAAACUAAGCAACAACAACUUAAGCAUUUUGGUUUCUUUCUACCAUAUUUGUUCUAUAUCCAAAUCAAUGGCAAUGGUUAGCCUCAAGUUGACAUGCAUUGUGAUUAUGUGUGUCGCCGUGAUGGGUGCUGCACCGGUGGUGCAAGCCAUCACAUGCUCUCAGGUCACAGCGAACGUUGCACCGUGCAUUACUUACCUCACAGGGGGCGGAGCUCCUUCCCCAGGGUGCUGCGCCGGAGUGAAGAGCGCCUUUGCUGCUGCAACCACCACCCCUGCCCGGAGGGCCAUAUGCAACUGCUUGAAGUCUGCUGCCGGUGGUAUUCCUGGCGGCAUCAACGACAACUUCGCUCAGGCACUCCCAGCAAAGUGCGGUGUCAACAUCCCUUUCAAGAUCAGCGUUUCCACCAACUGCGCUAGCAUCAAUUAAGUUCUGAAGAAGUGGGAAGAAUAGCAGAAUUAUUCUGCUGUGGGAUCUAAGAAUGUUGCGUAACAAUUAUGAGAAUAAAACGAAGCGAGUGUGACUUAGCCCUCUUUUUUAAUUGGCAAUUUGGCAUCUGUCUUUUUAUUACUUUAGAUUUUUAUUAUUGCGUGUGAUUUUCCAUCAUAAAAUGUACUAAAGUUGGUUGUUAAAUUUAGCAAUAAAUGAGUUCUAUGCGACUCUACAUUAUUUUUUUAUU